UUUGUUCCACCCACCGCACGAUAUCACCAGUCAAAACUUGAAAACAGCAAAUGAAGACAUUGAUUGGUCCACGUGUCCAUACCUUUCAACUUCUGUAAAAUCUAGCCGUUUGCCCUAUCUUUCACUCUCUCUCCUUUUCCCCUACUUUCUCUUUCCGCCAUUGCUUGAAAACAAGAAAAAGAAAAAAAGAAAUUCUCUGCAGAGCUUUCUAGAAAUGGGGAAACUCAUUUGCGACUCAACAACGUCGUCACCGGUUAUUCCAUGGCGGGAUCCUACCUCAACUACGUCAUCCCUCGAUCUCGUUGACCAGUCAUCUCCGGCGACAACAACCGCCGCCGCCGUCGCAGUCGCCAUAGCUGACUCCUCCUCGUGGGAAAAUGUUUCAGCUUUAGAGGAGCAGCAGAGGAAGCAUUUGAUGAGGAUUCAAGCCAAGGGAGUGCUGUGGAAGCAUCCUAAAGAUCAGAACGCUUCGGUGGUUUUCCGGCUGAGCCACGGCGGAGAAGUCGAGGCAGACGGGAACUGUCUUUUUACAGCUUGUGGUAAAUCUAUGGGGAUGACGACGGUGUCGUACGCCAGAGAUCUGAGACGGCGGACGGUGCGGAGGUUCUUGGAAGAUCUUGGAUCUGUUGGCGAGGAGGAGAAAGAAGUGAUUGAAUCGGCGAUUAAGCACAUGUAUUCUCCCGAUCUGAAAUCUGGGUGGGGUAUUCAUGUGGUUCAAGAGUUGAAGCUGUUAGCUAAGAAGGAAGAUCGAGAGGCUCUCGACUCGGCCAUAUCUGAGCUUGUUGAGCUCGGCAUGCAGCGAGAAUUGGCUGCUGAGUCUAUAUACAAUGAGAGGUGCAUAUCUGUGGAUGAUGGCCCAAGUUGGGCCAAGUACAUGUCGAUCUGUGGUUCCGCUGAUGAUGAAUAUGAUAUCAUCACUUUGCAGUAUACUGAGGAGGGAUUACUAACUGUAGAUGAGAACAGGGAUGGUCGUGCAGCUGCUUUUGGAGAUGACAUAGCGAUUGAAUGCCUUGCAACCGAGUUUAAAAGAGAGAUCUUUGUGGUGCAAGCACAUGGAUCUGAUGCAAUGGUUGAUGAUGAAAAUUGUGUCUUCUUCCUCCCACAUCGUCCAAGAUCUGAAAUAUGUGAACCUCCUUUCUUCCUUUUCAUGAAAGGAACAGGUUGGUGUGGUGCUGGGGCCGAUCAUUAUGAGCCUCUUAUUGCUUCUCCUUCACCUUAUGUUUUGCAGGAGAAGGUAGCGUUGGUACUGUAGGUCAUUAGUUGGGGUAUUCUUGUGGGUUAGAGGUAGUAGUAGUAGUUAUUCGACGAUAAUUCUUUCUCCCCAGGUUUCUUUUGUUUUUAGCAUUGGAAAGAUGCUUCUAAUUCUUUUCUAGGGUAAAGGAGGAAGAUGUCCAAUUGGGACAUCAAAUUUUUGUUGAAGGUAUGUAGGAGUUACCACAUUUGGGUCUAUUUGAAGUCCAUCAGGCAGCUGCCUGCAUUUCAGCUGCUUUUAGUUUGGUUUACCUAUAGUUGUGUUGCCGGCUGUUUUUCGUUGUGCAUUUUUUGAGGCUAGUAGUAGUUUGCUGCUGGGUACUAUUCUUUUGAGAGCUGGAAUAGUACUUAUUUUGUUGUAACUCAUGCUGAAUUCCAAUCUUAAGAAGGAAAUGGCUUCUCUCCGUUCAUUGCAAUGAAAAUUUCUCUACCAGUCCAUGUUUCUCUUA